AACACGACCGCCCUAAUGGCGCUCAAAACACCGCCGAAUUGUGAGCGCACUAAAGCUUUUUACGCGACGCUCAAGUCAUCCGCAAUAUCACUAUAUCGCAGCGAACGCAUUCAGUCAUUCGAAAAACUAUUCGUCAAUCAGAUCGCUAUCGCCUGCGGCUACGGACGCACAACAAAAGUGCCGCUAACGCAAAAUCAAAAGAAAAUUUCAAUUUUAAAUCAAAAUUUGCGAAGAAGUGAUAUAAGAAUACAGAAAACGAUGCAUAAUCCCGACUAUGUGCCGGCGACGAAUUGUUGCAAUGCAACUACGAGCAUUUGCGGUGGACAUGUGCCGCUUCCAACAGCACCGGAAUUUCAUCCGGUCUAUGUGCGCUUCUCCAGCAAACAACAGGCGCCCGAACAGCGUAAGUUAGCUGAGCUUUUUAAGCAAAAAGUCGCCGCCAAAGAGUUCUUCUACGGCAUCGAGCUGACGGCGCGUUCUUAUGGCAAGCAACCAUCACUGCUGGACUACAAUGGUUUCGACGUACUGCUGCCGCUCUUCACAUCGCUCGUAUGGUUGGGUCGGGACUAUGCGAACGUUGAGGAUGUCAACGCGAUCGAAGCCAUCAGCUUGGGCCGCCAGCUACAACCACAUGUGGUGGUGAUGCCACAUUUCACUUGCUAUCGCGCUGACUCCCGGCGCCUCGACGACUUUUUAACACUGAACUUCACGAACGUUCUGGCGCUGCGCGGCGAUGAUGUGGUGCCGCAACAACAAUUUCAGCAUGCAAAAGACAUGGUCGAGUAUAUACGCAGUAAACGCGGCGACACAAUAUCCAUAGGUGUUGCUGGAUAUCCUGACGGACAUCCGGAAUCUAAGUCAUUGGAUGAAGAUAUGCAGUACCUCAAAGAGAAGGUGGAUGCCGGCGCCGACUUCAUAGUCACACAAAUUUGCUUCUCGCCCGAGUCCAUUAUAAGUUUUGUGCAGAAAUGUCGCAAAAUCGGCAUCACAGUGCCGAUCAUUGUCGGCGUUAUUGUGCCGGAUAACAUGCGGAUCUUGCAGUUCAUAAUGAACAUCGUGAAGGCGGUGAUUCCCGAAGAGCAGUUGAGUAAAUAUAAGGAACUGGAAGAAGAUCGCAAGGCGUUUAAGGCGUAUGCGGUGGAGAAUGCGGUGCGCACGGUGCAGAUGUUGUUGGAUAGUAAUUUGGAUGUUUAUGGUUUUCAAUUCUUUACCAUGAAUCGCUUGAAGAGUGUGCAGCAAGUGAUACAACAAAUUCUUAAUAUGAAUCAGACACAAAGUACUUAACUAAUUUAAGUUAUUUGUAUUAGCACAAUUUAAACAAUUUUUAAUAAGACUGUAAAUAGUAAAUUAUAGUGAAUAUAGAAAAUUGUAUAUAAA